AUGUGGGCUGACAUGGGGUGUGGCUCGCUCCUGGCACCGUCUGCCCAAGUUCUGAAGCAGGCAAUCCUCCUUUUCAAGCCGGAUGUAACUUGCUCUUAUGCGCGUGAUACUCUUCAAACACGGCGACACGCUAAAUGUGAUGCAGGGGAAGGUGGGGAGAAGUCUGAGGUAAUUGGCAGGCGUGCUUUUCUCAGGGGAGGCGAUUGUUCCGGAAACACAUACCGCGGAUCUAAAUGCAAUGGCUGCCUUUUCGUCUACCAAGGCGACUCCCAAACGAAGCUUGAGAGCAGUAAUUUGCCACUCGCCUCGACCGACCCCUGUCUUUUCCCACAUGCCGGCGCUGCUACCAUCUCCGAUGCCGACACUUUGGCAUCCACACAAAGCGGCUGGGGGCUUCACAAGGCGGUGUCUCGAGUCGUGACUGGCGUCGAGACUCGAAUGAAUGACGGUCGAUCGUAG